AUGUGGAUAAGAUAUUCAAAAUGGAUUUUAUCAUCAACAAAAUGUUCAGCAUCACCUUAUUUACGAUUAAUUCAACAGUUUCGUACACAAAUUUCACGUAAUUCAUUGCAACCAAAACCACGUCGUUCAAUAAAAAAUUUCGAUGAAUCGAGCAUUUUGCGUGUUGAGCCUCAAAAAGAAACACAUCGAAGUUAUCUUCUCAUUCGACCGACUAUUUUUACUAUUGGUUUUGUAGGCUGUUCAUUUGUAACAUGUGCUAUUUGGCAAUACGAAUCUCAUAGAAAUAAAUUACGAAAAAUAAAAGAACGUUGGCAAUUAAAAGACAAACCUCAACAAAUAUCAUCACAAUUGAAAAAUAUUUGGCGUGAUGUUUCCGAAUCUAAACGAGUGAUAGGAACAAUAAUUGGCUUGAAUUUAAUGGUUUUUCUUGCAUGGAGAGUGAAGCGAUUUGAACCAUUUUUAUUAAAAUAUUUUACAUCAAGUCCUUAUAAACCAAAUCUUAGUUCAAUGUUAUUAUCAACUUUUAGUCAUUAUAAUGGAAUACAUUUUUUUUGUAAUAUGUAUGUUUUAUGGUCAUUUAGUGAUCCAGUUAUAAGAAUGUUUGGAAAAGAACAAUUUUUUGCUGUUUUUCUCUCUGGUGGUAUGGUCAUUGAUUACUUAGAUCAAUAA